AAGAGAGCCAGCAUCAAUCACUAAGGUCGAAUUGGCUCGCUCUCCAUUCGCCCAUUUCAUUUGUCGUCAGAUCCAACCACCACCAGAAUCUCUCCUUCAGCCCACGAUGCUUGCCACGAGAGUGCUACGAGCCGCCGCGGGCGGUCCCAAGCCCAACAUCACCGGCUUCAACAUGCGGGCGUUCCAAGCAUCAACCGGCCAGCCUCGAUACGAUCCCUGGGAGCGAAACGAGGCCUGGCGAUACCAGGGUCCCUAUACCCGCUGGAACCGUCUCAAGAGCGGUUUCCCCGGUCUCGGCAUCGCGACAGUCGCUUUCACCGCUUACUGCGGAUACGAAUACUUCUUCCUCGAGGACGAGCACCACCACGGUGAGGCGCAUGGAGAGGAGCACCACUAGAGUGCAUGGAUACGACGAUUGAGGGAGCAGAUUUAGCUGGAAUGCAACUAUCCAGAGGUGAGAAGUUUUGUACAUAUACCUCCCGCGGCGAGGACGGUUUUUGAUCAGAUUAUGGAACCAUCAAUCAAAAGAAAUAUCAAAACAAGAAACAGGAGGACCUGCCUUUCUGACAUCAUCAUGAACUUGCUGUGGUAUUGGAACAAACUGGAAAGCCAAUACAUCGGUGGCGUGAAGAACUUUUGAACUGGAUAGGUAACAUUCCUUGUUGGUGACACUUUGUCCUACGAUUAUCACUCGAGUGCUAGGGCUUCCUUUUCUUUGUCAACUGCGAUAGUUAUCAGUGUGGAUGGUGUGAAGACUACUG